CCGAAUGCGGGCGCAUGUCAAUCACCGGGCUCUCAUGUGAUGGCUCUUGCCGGUGACGUGCCAGCCAUAUGGGCGCUGGCAUCAGAGCCUUAGCUGGUAUGUAACCCCAUCCCCGGUAGCUCACGGUUGCCAUACGUGCACCGACACACACACUAUCCAUCUCUCUCCCUCCCUCUCUCCCUCUCUCUCUCACACACAUACACACACACACACGCACACGCGUAUACAUCCAUGCAUACAUGCCCUCACGCAUGCACACGCAGACACGCCAGGACGCCGGGACAGGAGGACGCACCGAGCGACCCGCCAGCGACAGCGAACGACAGCCGCGCGCCUCCUGCACCUGCACGCCGACGGAGUGCGGCGCUUCGCCCGCUCCUGCGUCCCCGAAGAUGGUUUGAAACCAGAGCGCGUUGUCUUUCCUUUCCUCUCCUCUCCCUUUCUGCCUCCCAUCCGCCGCGAAGAGCGAAAGCAGAGAUUCAUGAUGUUGACGCGGCUUUUCAGUGAUCCUUCGUUGCUUCCCGACGUGCAAAAGUACUCCGCCUGGGCGGAAGACAGUGAUGGAGAGGACCAAAAAAUCAAAGACGAGGAGCAGGACGCGCAGGACGACAUGGAGUCCUCUGACAUGAGGGGAAGCAGUCGGACGCACUCUGAGCACGCCGGAGACGACGACGACGACGACGACGACAUGGAAGAAGACGAGGACGGUGAGGAUACGGAGGGGGACAGGCCCAAAAAAAGGGGACCCAAAAAGCGCAAAAUGACCCAGGCCCGGAUCGAGCGCUCCAAGCUGCGGAGGAUAAAGGCUAACGCAAGAGAGCGGACCCGGAUGCAUGACCUGAAUUCUGCCCUUGACAAUCUGCGUAAAGUUGUGCCCUGCUACUCCAAAACACAGAAACUGUCCAAAAUCGAGACGCUGCGUUUGGCAAAGAACUACAUCUGGGCCUUGUCGGAGAUACUGCGCUCUGGCAAAAGGCCUGACCUUGUUUCCUACGUCCAGACCCUGUGCAAGGGGCUCUCCCAGCCCACUACCAACCUGGUGGCGGGAUGCCUGCAGCUGAACUCCCGCAACUUCCUCACUGAGCAGCAGUGUCAGGACGGCGGCAGGUAUGGCUCCGGCUCCUUCUCCAUGCACUCCUACCCGUACCAGUGCGCGCGUCUGUCCAGCCCCCACUGCCAGCCGGGCUCGAACUCCCAUCCGCUGAGGACACACGGUUAUUGCUCGGCGUACGACUCCCUGUACGGCGGGAGCGGAUCGCCGGAGUAUAACAGCCCCGAGUACGAGGGCCCUCUCAGCCCACCCUUGUGCAUCAACGGCAACUUUUCCCUGAAGCACCAAGGCUCUGGUUCCCCGGAGAACGAGAAGGGGUACCACUACUCUAUGCAUUACUCUGGCCUGCCUGGCUCCAGACCCGCGGGGGCCCACAACCUGGUGUUUGGCUCCUCGGGGGCCCGGAGCGGCAUUCACUCUGAAAACGUCCUGCCUUACCAUGACAUGCACUUACACCACGAGCGGGCCCCCGUGUAUGAUGAACUGAACGCGUUUUUCCACAAUUAAAAAGUGAAGCCCAUCGUGCGACCUGUCGUUGUCUACAAGCCACCCACAACACUCCACGGGACCAAGCCCACCAGGAUACAGGCAGCAUCCUGGAAAUAAUAAUAAUAAUAUUAAAACGUCUCACUCAUCGUUUAAAUUGCUGUUUUUUUCUUUCAUUUCCUUGUCAAUAUUCAUUUUUUUUUUUUUUUUUUUUGGCUAUGGCCAGGGAUGUAGUGGAAGGUGACCUUUGCUACAAUCGGAUUUUAGCGCAAUAAAAGCUUUUCCAUCCUUUGAAACUGACAUGUAUCUCAAGGGGAUUUAAUGAACAAACCGCAAGAAGAGAAAAAAAAUAUUUGAAAAAACAAUUAUCAUGUGUGAUUUGUGUUUGUAUUGGUGACUGUUUGCAUUUUGAUGGAAGGGCGUCCUAUUUCACCUCCAAACAUUUUUUUUUUUUUUUUUUUUUUUCAUGUACCACUACAUCGCUGGCUAUAUAGCAACACUCCCCCCAACAAUGGUGGUUAUGUUUAAAAAAAAAAAAAAAA